AUUUUGGGCAUUGUAUGUGAAACAUCGUGAAGUGAGGUACUUACGACAGUCUGGUAGUGCUGCGGUAUUUAGCAAAUUACAGUAAGGCGGUAAGGCUGCCAACCGUACGUGCAGUUAGUUUUACCUCUGCCAAAUGAAGAAAGUCCAAAUUCCACUGCUCGUGCGGCAGUCCGUUUCAAGCACUCUCAACUAUCUGUAUAUACGGAGAACGUACAUGGCUUUGCUGCUGUGUACUGUGAUCUUCAUUACUUGGUCCUCUGCUCGUUUCCCCAAGUACACGAUGUGGCUAGAAGAGCGUCGCUUCCUACCCGAGCGAGGGGCUGCCAAUAUAUUCUUCAUAGAGACAACGUGUGCUAUUGAGGACCUGCCGUGGAUGGGAUUGCGCCCGCGGCAGGCGUGCGCUGUGGAGUCUGCGGUGCGGUAUAACCGUGGACGACCCAUCUACGUGCUGCACACAUGUGAAGCACCUACUUCGGACACGUGGCUGCCGGCCGGAGCCACAGCUGUGCACGUGGUGCUGGCAGAGUUCCUGCGAGACACGCCGCUCUACGCUCCACUCAUAGAGAACGGCGCCCUCGCCAGAAGCAAGUGGCCCGUGCACCACGCCUCUGACGUCAUGCGGCUCGUCGCGCUAUGGAGGUACGGCGGCCUCUACCUGGACCUCGACUUCGUCGUACUGAGAAACCUUUCAAAGAUGGGUGAAAACUGGAUUGCAGCAGAGAGCACUUAUUCGCUCGCCAACGGUGCAAUGCAUAUGUCUUCACUGCCGGGCUCAGCAGGAAAGGAGUUGGCGAAUACCUACAUGGAAACUCUGCGGACAGAGUUCGAUGGGCAGCAAUGGACGUCCAACGGCGGUGCAAUACUCAAGAAAUUGCUGCUUCAACGUUGCAAUGUCACCAAGGUGAUGGUCAUGAGGAACUGUCGCGGUUUUCGAGUUCUGGGGCCUGCGCUGCUGUACCCAGUGCCCUUCCAGAAAUGGAGGAAGUACUUUUCUGAGGAGGACACUAACAGCACGCUGGCUGACAUGCACCGAGCUUACGCAGCACACGUGUGGAACAAGCUCAGCGAGGAAGCAGGAGUCGUGCCACAAAACUCGGCCUACGCUAAACUCGCCCGCGAAAAUUGUCCCAACUCCUUCAGGGCCGCCGCGGGACACUUCUGACAGUGGCUUCCUGUUUUGUACAGACUAAUCGUUCCAGUAAUUCGUAAACCCGAUGCUGCCCAAAAUUAUUCAGAAGUACUGUGAAGUGCUUUAACUUGUGACGAUAAGACAUAGACAUCUGACCUUCUUGACCGACCCUUCAUCUGAGAAGUAAUGAGCUACUUUUGUGUCGAAAUAGCGGAAAUGCAGUAAUUGAAAAAAAACUGUAUCUCAGGACUCUAAUCCAGUACUUCUCAGGUCAAAUCUAUUAUAGAGGAGUGGGGCGGAAAUGGACAAGUCCCACCAUGUCAACGGAUACGUUCUAAUAAGUACCGCAAUAAGAUGUUGCUUAUUCCAAUCUGUGACAUCACUGUUAAAACAAUAUAGACUUCUUCAGCGUUGCCAGGCACAAUCCCCGUUUUUAUUUUGUUUCUUUUCGUUUUAACAAUUGUAAGACCGUCGAAGCCAUGUGUCACUUAUUAGAGACGCUGUAAUAGUUUUCAGACAGUGACAGUGGUAAUACGUUUGUGGCCAGAUACUAUAAUCUCUUGGAAGUAUGACAUUUCGGAUGGAGUUUUGUGACGUUUUAAUUAUAUACCUUCAGUCACUUACUUAUUGCUGUCAUGUUAUCAAUGCAGCAAAGUGACCAAACUGAACUAAAGGUUUUGAUGAAGUACUCCACUGAAAAAGAUUUAAGCUCAACGAAAAUGAAAAAGAUUUAGAUUUAUCAUAUGGAUUCAUUUCCUGCGCUUUUGGAUGUUGAGAAAUACCCUACACGCCCUCAAAAUAUGAUAAGCACUCGUGCAGCCAAAAUUCUGUGAAGUUAAUGCGUUUGUGGCAAAAACUCACAGUUCCAAGCUCAGUGAUCACAAUUGUAGGUAUGUGAGCACUAUGACAUCUCAAAGAUCUCGAUAGGCCUUGUCCAUUCAUUUUACACGGUUUUUCAGUGUGACAAACUUUUCAACUCGGUGGCGUCUGUUACGCAUAGGGUUGCCAUCUGUUUUUGAGCAAGUUGAGUUUUUUGGUUGUUAAAGGUAGGGAAAAACCACUUUCUAUAAAAAUAAAGUUUUAUUUAUUUUACUUAAUUAUUUAGUUUAAAAAUAUAUAUUGCUACGUUUAGCAACUAUAUAACUCAGUUUUUAUUAAAUUCAGAGAUGCUUGUUUUUUUCUUCUCACCACGUACUACUCAUCACAGAAGAAACUUUCUCUGUGGACGCUCAAGUGGUGGGAACUGACAGUAGAAAUGAAAUUAAUUUGUACAAAUUCGUAAAACCAUUAUUUGUCUUAUUUAAUAUCUCUUGCUAUUUUCGAUUUCAAAACUUUCAGAAGCAUAUAUUUUAUCACAUGAUUCGUUCAAUA